AUUACACAAUAUCAAUAGCCUCCUCAAAACCGUUCUGACUGGUCAGUAAUUGGGCGUUUGCAUACGUCACAUCCGGAGAUGCACUUUUCUAUGUUUGAGAGAAAUGGCGGCGCUCAUUACUGUGAGGGGUUCAUUCGCUUUUAUGAGACGCUUGGUUUCUGUUCAGCAACUGCACAAGUGUUGUUACUCCAAACUUCAGACACUUUCUGUACCACACACACACCAUGUUUACUCUAGAAACGCUUUGUUUCAGCACAGAAGGUUGUUUCGCACUGGCUAUGCUGCAGCAGGACAAAUAUUGCAGUUCAAGCUGUCAGAUAUUGGGGAGGGAAUUAUGGAGGUGACUGUAAAAGAAUGGUAUGUAAAGGAAGGUGACCGUGUGUCCCAGUUUGACAGCAUUUGUGAAGUACAAAGUGACAAAGCAUCUGUUACAAUCACCAGUCGCUACGAUGGAGUCAUCCGCAAACUCUAUUACGAUGUUGAUUCUAUUGCGUUAGUGGGCAAGCCUUUAAUUGAUAUCGAAACUAAUGGAGGACACGCUGUUGCCCCAGAGGAGGAUGUAAUGGAAACACCAGCUCUAUCGCAGGAAGAACACACUCACCAGGAAAUUAAAGGCCACAAGACACAGGCCACACCUGCAGUGCGACGCAUAGCCAUGGAAAACAAUAUCAAGCUGAGUGAAGUUGUUGGGACCGGAAAGGACGGACGGAUUCUCAAAGAAGACAUUUUGAACUUCAUAUCCAAGCAGACCGGAGCCAUCCUACCCCCUAGCCCCUUCCAGGAGAUCCAGCCUCCUCCUCCCACACCUCCUCCAUCUGCCAAGCUCAAAGAGAAGAAACCGCUGAGCAUCCCUACACCUGUCAUCCCGAGGCCGGUGUUUACAGGCAAAGACCGCACUGAACCACUUAAAGGUUUUCACAAGGCCAUGGUGAAGACAAUGACGGCAGCUCUUAAGAUCCCGCACUUCGGCUAUAAGGAUGAAGUGGACAUCAGCCGGCUGGUGCGUCUUCGCUCUGAGCUGAAGGACGUGGUGGAGCCCCGCGGGGUGAAGCUUAGCUACAUGCCAUUCUUCAUCAAGGCAGCAUCACUUGCUCUUCACCAUUUCCCAAUCCUGAAUGCCUCUGUGGAUGAAGCAUGCCAGAAUAUCACUUACAAGGCUGCACACAACAUUGGUCUGGCCAUGGAUACACCACAGGGUCUGCUGGUGCCCAACAUAAAGAAUGUACAGAUGCUUAGUCUGUUUGAAAUUGCCACAGAGCUCAAUCGACUGCAGGCUUUAGGUGUAACCGGGCAGCUUGGCACAACUGACCUCACCGGGGGAACAUUUACUCUCUCCAACAUUGGCUCAAUUGGGGGUACUUAUGCAAAGCCAGUGAUUCUGCCACCUGAGGUUGCGAUCGGUGCUCUUGGGAAAAUUCAGAUUUUACCCCGCUUUAACUCCAAGGACGAGGUUGUGAAAGCACACAUCAUGUAUGUGAGCUGGUCUGCAGAUCACAGAAUCAUUGACGGAGCCACAAUGUGUCGUUUCUCCAACCUGUGGAGGUCUUAUCUGGAGAACCCAGCCUCUAUGGUGCUGGACCUGAAGUAGAUCAUCCUGCCUUUAGAAAACAUCUGGACAAGGAUUAGUGAUGGAACAUUAUUGUUGUGAUUAAGUUACAGAAUUAAGAUACUUUUUUUCUGUGUGUUCCUUUUUCCUUCCCAUUUCCAUGAUUCUUCUCUUCUCACAUGCCAUGGACAGUGUGUACAUAUUAAGAACAUUAACACAUUUCUUGAAUGUGACUUGAAUGUACAGUUACUAGUCUUGUGUAGGUCACCUGCCUUUUUUUCUGUAAAUACACACAACCAAGGCACAACCUACAGACUGUUAUGUUAUGUGCUGUUUCGGUUCGUGUGUGUCCUCCUCUUGCUACCUGGGUAAAAAAUAGAAAUGGGAUUGUUUGAUUCUAUUUUGAUCGUCAUGAACACUACGAACAUUUCCUUGAACUUGUAAAUGCAGAUAAUUUUUACCUCCCUAUAAAUGCAUUAUUGCACAAAUAGCUUUUGACAGUAUAUACACAUCCUGGCUGUGAUUAUGGGACGUUUGGCGGUGAAGAAAAUCAUGUAAUCGCUACUGUGUGGGAUUUUACUGUAUUUAAGGAUAACUCGGUUUCUGAAUGGUAUAUGUAGUUUUAGAACUGCUUCCAAGGGGUAGAUUGUUACAUGCACAGUUUGUCCAUUAUUUUUGUUGUUGUUUUGUGUGGAUUUUGAGGAGAGAAAAAUUGUAAUAAAUGAUGUCAUCAUGA